AUGUCGGACAUUGGAGUCGAGGGUUCAGCCGUUGUAUUGGAGGCACAGGAGGGCGGGUGUGGUGUCAGAGAUGGACGGAUAGAGACACCAGAACUGGAGGAAGAGGAUGACAGAGAAGGCAGUGGUUAUUGUGAACCCAUUGCCAGCACUAGUGGUUCCGGUGAUGAUAGUGUCGGCAAUGAGCGUCCAUUUGUGUGUUUAUAUCCCGAUUGUGGCAAACGCUUCACCCAUAAGUCAACUCUCAAUCGACACAAACGCCUUCAUUCGGGCGAAAAGCCAUUGAAAUACUAUUUAUGUGGUCACAAAAGGAUCGUACAUUUGAAGGAUAAGAGAUUUCAAUGCGAUUACAGUGGAUGUGGCAGAAGAUUGUCAAGAAAAGCCCAUUUAAAUCGUCACAAACGGGUCCACUCGGGAGAGAAGCCCUACGCCUGCGAUGUCAUGCAUUGCGACAAACGAUUUGCACAGAAAUGGAAUUUAAUUGAACACAAAAAAGUGGUUCAUUUGAAACUCAAACCAUUCGUUUGUAAUGAAGACAAUUGCGGACAAAAAUUGGCCACAAAAUCAGGUCUUAUUGAACACAAAUGCAUUCAUUCGGGAGAAAAGCCUUACGUUUGUGAACCAAUAAUUGCGGCCAAAUAUCGUGAAAUCAUUUGA